AUUCAUAAAUUUGAUGUGACUGUGAAGAAUGAUAACAGAGUUUGUUUUAAUUGUUAUGACGAUUUUUUUUUUUUUCCGAAGUUUGAAGGAUUAAUCUGUGAUUUACUUAGUUUUGUUAAUUCUGAUUUUAACGUACUCGAAGUAGAAUUAUGAAGUAGUAUUAAGUUACUCUAUUUUCAUGUUGUAAUUUUGUUUGAUAAAAACAUAAAAUGCAUUUCAACUUGUACGUGAUUGUUCCACUUACCUGUUAUAGAUGAUCAAAAGUGGCAUAUUAUUCCCACGUGUAUCUCUGAUAAAUAUGAUCAUUAUUUAUCUGUAAGGUUAUGUCGAUCAUGUAUACAUAAACAGACCCUCAAACUUGGCCUUAGUCGUAAAGUAUGCCCUUUAACUUUAGGUGUGCACAAGUAGGCACCUCAACUUGUCUUUCACUUUGUCAGUUGAACACCCACCUCCAAAAUUUAUGUGUCAUGUCAGUGCCACGUCAGCAUUUGUGUUUACGUGUUCAACUUUAUACAAGUUGAGGUGCCUGAUUGUGCACAAGCAAAGUUGGGGGGCAUACUUGCUAAUAUGUGUCAUGUCAGUGCCACGUCAACAUUUGUAUUUACGUGUUCAACUUUAUACAAGUUGAGGUGCCUAUUUGUGCACACCCAAAGUUUGGGGGCAUACCUGCCAGCUGAGGCAAGUUCGAGGGCCUGUUUAUCUUGACUAGCUUGUUCGUCUGAGUUCCUAUCAUACAGCUUAAAGUAAUGAACUAUGUUUAAACAGUGAUAUGCUGACUUUGGAAGCUUGAUUAAUAUGAAGAUGUGUUUUAAGCAUUAUUUGAUGCGUCUAUAAACUACAUAAGUCACAUUAUUAGAUGGUUUUGAUUUUUGUAUUGUUGGACUCUUCAUGUUGCUAAUACUUGUAUGAAGAAGUUUUUUCUUGCCAACAAUAUCUCAAGCAUCGUGUGACCUUGAGUUGUAACUCUUCUUUCCAUGUGAUCACUGAUUUUGUACAUUUCUUAAAUUAAUAUGUUAGAAACUUAAAUUGCUUGAAUGUCUUUGUUUGCUUAUUCUUGUCUUUGAACGAUUAACAUGUACUUCCUUCAUGUACCGGAGAUUUUUAUUUGUUUACUUGCUUUUUCCACAUAAAACAAUCUCUAUACCAACUGUAACUGAUGUUUAUGGAGCAGAAAACAGAUUACAAUUGAAACUUGUACUGCAUGGAAAUACUCAUGGCGAAAGACCGACUCACUGAUCUACCGGAGCUGAUUCUACUCCACAUCCUCUCUAUGUUGCCGGACAGUAAACAAGUUGUGAGGACCAGUGCAUUAUCUAAACAAUGGAGAUUUCUUUGGAAGUCCGUUCCGGUAUCACUUGAUUUCCACUUCCCCAAGUAUCCCUAUGAAUCUAAAAUUAACAAAAAGAAAAUUCUCGCUUUCGCAGCUUCCACCAAUAGAGAGCUUCAUUAUUGGAGGUCUUGCGAGAAAAUCCAAGCAUUCAGGGUUUUCCCCUAUAUAUACAAGGACUAUCUUACUGAACAUCUUGAUUUUUGGGUACAUUUUGCUACUAACAUUGCUCAUGUUGAAGAGUUUACACUUCAAUUUGACCAAAAAAUUUAUCCAGAGUUCGCAUAUCUGUUUCCUCAGUUUGCCUGUACGAAUACGUCAUUGAGGAAAUUGGUUCUAGGUAACUGCCAGCUAAACCCUUCUGGUGGUAGUGUUAAUUGGACUAGUCUAGUUUCUCUUUCGAUUGGGUACCUUGCUUUGACGGAAGGUGUAAUGGAAAAUAUAUUAUCAGGUUCCCCUAAUUUGGAGUGCUUGGAACUAGAUAAAGUUUGUGGCAUUCGUCGUUUGGACAUUAGCUCUCUCAAGCUGAGAAAAUUGAUCAUAACAAACUACGAAACAGAAAGUGAUGAUGAACAUGUACAUUGGCUCGAAAUAUUUGCCCCGUAUAUUCGACAUUUGGAACUUUUGGGGUUUUGCUGUGAUGAGAUACGCUUGCAGCUGAGGAAUGUGGCUUCACUUGUCACUGCGGUCCUUUCCUUAAAUGUUAAUUUUUUUGAAGUUGGAGAUGAACAAGACAAACUGGACAAGGAGUGUAGAUACUUGCAGGAACUUCUUCACAGCGUUGCCCAUGUCAAGAAUCUUGAAUUGGGCCCGUGGUGUACUGAGUUCCUGUCCGUACUGGAGCUGAAAGGGCGGCUGUUUCCACAAUCAAGCUGGCAAUUCUUAAAACUUAACACAGCCUUAGAACAGUUGGACUUCCCUGGAAUUUGCAGCUUUCUGCAGAGUUCUUUAGAUCUGGAGACAUUGGUCAUUGACUGGAAUGACCACAAACCAAAAGGCCUGUUGUCAAGGUACACAAAUGAGGAUGAACAGAGCAGGAGGUUUGGGGCACAUAAUGUUAACUGCUCAUUGCUACAUCUAAAGACCAUCAAGUUCAUUAACUUUUAUGGACAACUAAGUGAAAGUAAGUUUGUACUACCAUUGGUAAAAUAUUUGCUCAAGAAUGCAACAGUGCUAAAGAAGUUUGUCCUUUCUGGCAAAUUCAAAUGGAGUGAUGUGCCUCGGGAUUAUGUUAAGAUGGAACAGGAGUUUCUAAGCAUUCCAAGAUCUUCUCCGCAUGCUUCAGUUGUCUUUUCUUAUUGAUGAUCUUAUGCCUCUCUUUUGUAGUGAUCGCUGCAUACUUAACAACCUGCAUACUUAACAACCUUUUGCUUUAUAGUUGAAACUGGUUUGUAGUUGACAGGAAAGGUUCGGAUUCUACUUAUCAGUAUCCAAGUAGUUUUUAGUAGUUCUUCAUGUCUAAGCACAGUGUGUUUCUUCUCUGAUUAUCAUGUAAGAAAGCUUGCUCUAAGGUUGAAUGUCAUUUGCGAAAAUAGUAUUUCUAUAUUCAUUA